CAUUCUUGGAGAAGUGCGCGUUGCUGUCUUUCCGUUUCAAUACUGGCCAGAAGGCGCCACCUCCCAGUCCACCCCUUUCCUCUUGUCUCUUACCCAAGCAUAAGAGAUCAAAGCUUGGGGGUAUGAGCAUGACCACCCAGUAUUGGAAAAUGAUCCUGCAAGUUGCAGUCUCCAAGGCCGAGGUCAUUGGAUCAGAUGACCCUUCCACUAAACGAUGUCGUUCUGGAAAAGUUAGAGCUGUGUGGAAGUCUGGAAGAAUCCAAAGUCUGUGGUCCACGUGGGAGAAUAAUAUGGCCUCCCAUGGCAGCAUCAAAGUCGUCACAUCCCCCAAAGGUACCGCCAACGGCGACACGAAAUCACCCAAAGGCCACUGUCUCUGCUCACCGACCACUCAUCAGGGCUCGUUCCGCUGCAGGUUUCAUCGGUCUGCUACCAUGAAGCGAUCAAAAUCCAUGCCCUCCAAUACCGCCGUGACGUCCCUCUCCCCCAAAUCAGUCGACUCUACAUAAUUAACCACAUGUCUCUAGUAUUUCCUAACAUACCAAGUUCUCUGGGGUCUCUCCCUUUUUUCUCUUUGGUGUGAGGGUAUGAUCUAUCUGCACUUGUUCAGAUUCAGAUACACAUAUAAAGCCUAUUCUCUCUUCUCUCCUUUUUCUUACGUGAUCUCUCUGUGUAAGCUGCUUUUUCAAUUAUUUGCAGUCGCCAUGGAUGAUGUUCAUGAAUGAAUAUUGCGCUCCAUAUUUAAUUUCUUCUGUUGAAUCAGAUUUCAAUCUGUUUUUCUUUCUUCUUCAGAUCUUAUGAGAUUGAAUACCACUGAAUCAUGUUGUUCCACAACUCACAAACCCACUCUCGUCCGCUCAUGGCAGAUGUGGAAGCAUGAAUUUCUAUGUAUUAUUCCCUUUUUUUUCUGGACCAUAAUCAUAAAAGAAUGUUGUGAAUC